AUGGUGGCUUCCCUCUUUCUCUGGCUCCUGCAUCUUGUACAUGCCUCGCUAGUGUUUCUGACAACUAAGUUUCGAAAACGCCGAUAUUUACCUCCUCAAUCCUUAACCGCGUACCGCAGCAAGCUACCAAAACACUUGGCAAUCAUCCUGGUCUCCCAUGAUGCGGCGAAUCCCAAGCACACGGAAGAACUGUUUAUGGAGUGCUUAGUUAGGGUUGUCAAAUGGUGCAAAGCGUCAGGUAUAGAGCAGCUUACCGCAUAUGAUGCUGAGGGUACACUGUUAGGGUGCUCUGACAUUAUCAAGGAACGCCUGACACAUCAUGAUGGUCUGCCCACCGACGAGAGUGAAUCAGAAGUCGAGUAUCCGUUGACCCCUCCACUUUCCGAGGCCUCAGAGUCAAGAAGCCAUUCGCCCGACUUUGGAGACUUUCCCGUACAACUCAACGUUACAACAGUAUGCUCCUUCAGGAAAGGCGCUUCGCAUCAUAGGCCAAGAGAAGUUGCUGUUCGCCGACGAGCGCACCACAAGCAUUCUCAUAAGCCUUUGACACUCCAUAUAAUUUCACGCAGUGCUUCAAAGGCUGCCAUUGCAUCUGCUGCACGCUUCCUUUUAGAUGAAGAAGUUUGCAGGCGCCAGAACAGUCAGGACCUGGACCACAAGGAAGGAGGUCUACCAUCACCGGACUUCAUGAUUGUCCAUGAUGUCCAUCCGCAGGACCUCCCGCCUCCUCUCGAACUACACGGUUUCCCUCCAUGGCAGAUGGCGUUCACAGAAAUCCACCGGACUAUUGUUCAUGACGUCGGUCCAAAGAAUCCAAUGGCAAGCUUAAUCACUGAGGAAGCGUUCUGUCGUGCCUUAGACGAGUACGCCGGCGCUCAGUUUCGAUUGGGGAGGUAA